AUGGAGGUAGAGUUGGAGACGCGCAAGAAAGCGACUGGGAAAAAUGCCAAGAAAGCGAGCAAAGGUCAGGAAACGAGUGUUGAGGCUCCGCCUAUACAGCAAAUGAAGAAAUCUCUGACAGAACAGUUUGAAGAAGAAGUGAAAGACCUACAGCCAGUCGAUAAGCAAUUUCCGAACGGAGAUUUUCCGACUGGAGAAAUCUGUGAGUACAAACGAAUGGCGGAUGAUCGCACGGCUAUUAAUCGAAUGACGAAUGAGGAAAAGAAGAGCCUUGAUGCUUCGUACGAGGAAGUUUAUAAAGAUUUUCGCCGAGCUGCAGAGGCGCAUAGGCAGACCCGGAAAUUUGUAAGAUCCUGGAUCAAGCCGGGAAUGACGAUGAUUGAAAUAUGUGAGCGCCUGGAGGCGCAUUCACGCCGGAUGAUCAACGAGAAUGGUCUAAAAGCAGGACUGGCCUUUCCAACGGGUUGCUCAUUGAACAACUGUGCUGCACAUUAUACUCCGAAUGCUGGUGACACCACUGUUUUACGAGAAAGUGAUAUCUGUAAAAUUGAUUACGGUGUCCACGUAAAUGGGCGUCUUAUUGACUGCGCAUUCACGCUUCACUUUGAUCCUAAAUUCGAUCCAUUGGUGAAUGCUGUGCGCGAAGCAACCAAUGCGGGUAUUCGAGAAGCUGGCAUCGAUGUUCGGUUGUGCGAUCUUGGCGAGACUAUUGAAGAGGUCAUGAGGAGUCACGAAGUUGAACUGGAUGGCAAAACGUAUGUGGUGAAACCAAUCAGAAAUUUGAACGGGCAUUCAAUUGGGCCUUAUCGCAUCCAUGCGGGCAAAACUGUCCCAAUAGUAAAAGGAGGCGAGCGAACAAAGAUGGAAGAGAAUGAA